GAAGAUCCCUUUCCCUCCCAUAGAAGAAAAGCUGCGCAACUUUGAGCGCCCCUUUCUCCUUCAUGAAAACAAAACCAACAGACCCAUAACAGAGCCGUCCACCUUAGCUCCCAAGAGAUCUGUCGUUUUCCUCCACCAAAGCAACACCAACAACAGAAGAAAUCGGACCUCCCCCCUUUUUUUCUUUUUUUUUCAACAGAGAACACACAUUCUAUCCCUUCCCGUUUUCUCUCUGAUUUAAUCGACUCACACACGCCUAAAAAAAGAAAAAAAGAAAAACGAAUUUUCGAAAUUCAAAAGGGAUUCUCAAAUCUGAAAAUUUCAAAAAAAAGAAAAAAAAGAAAAAAAAGAAAAGAAGAAGCUGUGGUUGAAAAAUUGCUGCUACUCGUUGUUCGGAUCUGCCAGUCUGCUGUCCAGAGUUUCAGAUCUGGGUUUGGUUUGGUUUAGCUGAUUUUCCUUACAAAUAGGUCAAUCCUAGUCCAAGUAAGAAAAAAAUGGCACAUAUUCAGCAAAGUCUUUCCACUUCAAUCUCUUCAUCAACUUCUACUUUAAUGGAUCAGCACAAACUCCGUCUCAGGAGCCAGAAUGUGUCAUUGCCAGGCAAAACCGGUGGUAUUGUCAGAUGUGUUGCAACACCCUCUACGGAGACUUCUUCCAAAACAAAGGUCUCUCGCAAUGAGAACUUGGCUAAACUUCAAGCUGGUUACCUUUUUCCUGAGAUCGCAAGAAGGAGAUCUGCACACAUGUUGAAACACCCUGAUGCUCAAAUUAUAAGCCUUGGAAUUGGUGACACUACUGAGCCCAUUCCUGAAUUCAUAAGUUCUGCCAUGGCACAGAGAGCACAUGACCUGUCAACAUUAAAGGGUUACAGUGGUUAUGGUGCUGAGCAAGGAGAAAAACAACUUAGAGCCUCCAUUGCUUCUACCUUUUAUGCAAAUGUUGGAAUAGAGGAAGAUGAGAUCUUCGUCUCUGAUGGUGCCAAAAGUGAUAUAUCUCGGCUUCAGGUUCUUUUUGGGUCUAAUGUCACUAUGGCUGUGCAAGACCCAUCGUAUCCGGCUUAUGUGGAUUCAAGUGUUAUUAUGGGCCAAACUGGUCAGUUUCAGAAGGAUGUGGAGAAGUAUGGGAGUAUUGCAUACAUGAGAUGUACUCCAGAAAACGGGUUCUUUCCUGAUUUAUCCAGUGUUCCUCGGACAGAUAUUAUAUUUUUCUGUUCGCCUAAUAAUCCAACUGGUGCUGCGGCAUCAAGGGAGCAGCUGACUAAAUUGGUGCAUUUUGCUAAAAACAAUGGCUCAAUCCUUGUUUAUGAUUCUGCAUAUGCAAUGUAUAUAUGUGAUGACAGUCCAAAGUCCAUCUUUGAGAUUCCUGGAGCCAAAGAGGUUGCCAUUGAGGUUUCAUCGUUUUCGAAGUAUGCUGGGUUCACUGGAGUUCGUUUAGGGUGGACUGCAAUUCCCAAAGCACUCCUAUAUUCUGAUGGAUUUCCUGUAGCAAAAGACUUCAAUCGCAUUGUUUGUACAAGCUUCAAUGGUGCAUCCAAUAUCGCUCAAGCUGGCGGUCUGGCUUGCCUUUCACCUGAUGGUUUCAAGGCCAUGAAGAACGUGGUUAGUUUCUAUAAAGAAAACACAGAAAUCAUAAUGGAGACAUUUAAGUCGCUAGGUUACAAGGUGUAUGGAGGUAAAAAUGCACCCUACGUGUGGGUUCACUUCCCUGGACGAAGCUCAUGGGAGGUUUUCAGCGAGAUACUUGAGAAGACUCAUGUCGUUACCACACCAGGCAGUGGUUUUGGUCCUGGUGGUGAAGGUUUUGUCAGAGUAAGUGCAUUUGGGCACAGGGAUAACGUCGUAGAAGCUUGCAGAAGAUUCAAGGAAUUGUACAAGUGAAGUAACUCGUACGCCUGCAUGUCUGUGAAAACAUGCAGGUAAAUUGUUAAACACUUUUGGCCGCCUUCAGAGGCUUCAUUCAGAUGCUAUAGGCUGUAUCUUGAACGCUCAAACAUUUUGAUCCUUUAUGGAAUUUGUUUCUUUGGAAGAAUAAGCUUAUUCUGUGAUUGCCAGUGAUUGGUUCCUCUU